GUAAUAUGAAAAGUGUUGGGUCGUCCCUUGUAGUGAAGUCUAUCAAAAUCAUUGCUUUUGGAGUUCCAAAGGCUCAAUAAUUGAGAUUUUCUUUGACACAGCUAGGUGGGGAAGCCAUGGCUGAAGAGAGUGUCGUUGAGUCUUGCGAUUUGCCUGCGAAGAGGCAGAGGGAAGACGAAGAGAAUGGGGUCUCUGCUUCUACCGUUUCCAUGGAGACAGACAUGAAUGGUGGCAAGCAUCCUGAUUUUAUGUCUUCAGUGAUUCCUGGCUGGUUCUCCGAAGUUAGCUCAAUGUGGCCGGGAGAGGCACACUCUUUAAAAGUUGAAAAGAUCCUAUUCCAAGGGAAGUCUGAUUACCAGAAUGUGAUGGUCUUCCAGUCAUCAUCAUACGGAAAGGUUCUUGUUUUGGAUGGUGUGAUUCAGCUCACUGAAAGAGAUGAAUGUGCAUACCAGGAAAUGAUCACACAUCUUCCUCUAUGCUCCAUUCCAAAUCCCAAAAAGGUUUUGGUUAUUGGUGGGGGAGAUGGUGGAGUCUUGCGGGAAGUUGCACGGCAUUCUUCUGUUGAGAAGAUAGACAUUUGCGAAAUUGACAAAAUGGUUGUUGAUGUUUCCAAACAAUUUUUCCCUGAAGUAGCUGUAGGGUUUGAUGAUCCACGUGUAACACUUCAUAUUGGUGAUGGAGUUGCCUUUUUGAAAGAUGUUCCUACAGGAACUUAUGAUGCAGUUAUAGUUGACUCAUCUGACCCUAUAGGUCCUGCUCAGGAGCUUUUUGAGAAACCCUUUUUUGAGUUGGUUGCGAAGGCUCUUCGUCCUGGAGGAGUUGUGAGCACUCAGGCUGAAAGUAUAUGGCUUCAUAUGCAUAUUAUUGAGGGCAUUGUUGCCAAUUGUCGCCAGAUAUUUAAAGGCUCUGUUGAAUAUGCUUGGACUUCAGUUCCCACAUACCCAAGUGGGGUAAUUGGUUUUAUGCUUUGCUCAACCGAAGGACCUCCUGUCGAUUUCAAGCGUCCAGUGAACCCCAUAGAUGCUAAUGAUAAUCAGAAAUCAGUAAGGCCGCUCAAGUUUUACAACUCUGAGAUUCAUGCAGCGGCAUUUUGCCUGCCAUCGUUUGCCAGGAGAGCGAUCGAUUCUACAGCAAAUUGAGAAUAUUUUCCAGAUUCUGGAGGAGCAUGUUAACUGUUGCAGAAAGCUACCUUCCCUUUCUUACUAGAGUGGUUUGCCUAUCAAUGAAUCACCAAAUAAUUUAGGACUCGAAUUCAACAUCAGCUAGUAAGACUUAUGCAGAGGAUACUUGGAAUGAACUAACCUAUGUUUCUUUAUGAAAAAAUGAUUGGUGAUGUUGGAAUUAGUUGAGCUAUUAAUAAACCUUCUCGUUUCAUGCCAAUUGUUCACCUUCUUGUUCAAAUAAGAAUGCAUUCUUAUGAUUUGCUAUCUGUCUUGCUUGCUACUGGCUUAUGAACGAUGUGGUUAGUCAAUUUUUGUAUUCUGCUUAUUAUCUAUCA